UGAAUAGCCUCGCUCCCACUCCCGACUCUGGGUCGCUCGGGCUGCUCCUUGCCCCGCCCUGUCAUUGUCCUCAUCCGUCCCUUUUCCCUUACGCCCUACGUCCUAAACGCUUUGGGAGCCGCUGGCUUCUCCCGGUACCCCGCGUCUCUCCACCUUCGGUGGGUCAGGAUGGAGGGCUGCCUGGGGGAGGAAUCUUUACAGAUGUGGGGGCUCAACCGGCGCCUGGAGGCCUACCUGGCCCGGGUCAAGGCGCUGGAGGAGCAUUAUGAGCUGCUCAGCUCGGAGCUCGCCGGUCUCCGGGCACAGUCCGGGGACGCCUCCUGGCGGACCCGUGCCGACGACGAGCUGGCGGCCCUGCGGGCUCUCGUCGACCAGCGCUGGCGGGAGAAGCACGCGGCAGAGGUGGAGCGCGACAGCCUGGAGGAAGAGGUGCAGAGCGUAGCGGGCCGGUGCCAGCAGCAGCGGCUGGCCCGCGAGCGGACGGCGGAGGAGCUGGCCCGCAGCCGGCGCGCGGUCGAGGCGGAGAAGUGCGCCCAGGCCUGGCUGAGCCGCCGGGCGGCGGAGCUGGAGCGCGAGAUAGAGGCAUUGCGCGCGGCGCACGAGCAGGAGCGCGCCGGCCCGCCCGGCCCGCCCCGCGGGCCGCCUGCCCCGGGCCCCGACGUGGAGGAGCUGGCGCUGCGGCUGGGCGAGGCGUGGCGCGGGGCGGUGCGCGGCUACCAGGAGCGCGUCGCGCGCAUGGAGACGGCGCUGGGCCAGGCCCGCCAGAGGCUGGGCCUCGUGGUGCAGGGCGCCCGCGAGGGGCGCCUGGAGCUGCAGCAGCUGCAGGCCGAGCGCGGCGGCCUCCAGGAGCGCAGGGAAGCCCUGGAGCAGAGGUUGGAGGGCCGCUGGCAGGAGCGGCUGCGGGCCACUGAGAAGUUCCAGCUGGCCGUGGGGGCCCUGGAGCAGGAGAAACAGGGCCUCCAGAGUCAGAUUGCCCAGAUCCUGGAAGGUCGGCAGCAGCUGGCACACCUCAAGAUGUCCCUCAGCCUGGAGGUGGCCACGUACAGGACCCUCCUAGAGGCGGAGAACUCCCGGCUGCAGACACCUGGUGGAGGUCCGAAGGCUUCCUUCAGCUUCCAGGACCCCAAGCUGGAGCUGCAUUUCCCUGGGACCCCAGAGGGCCGGCGUCUGGGUCCUUUGCUCUCUGUUCUGAGCCCUACUCCCCUGUCCUCACCCUUACCUGAUACCCUUGAGACACCUGUUCCAACCUUUCUGAAGAACCAGGAAACCCUCCAGGCCCGUACCCCAACCUUGGCCAGCACUCCCAUCCCACCCACACAUCAGGCUCCCUUCCCUGCUACAGAUGGAGAGAUCGGAGCCCAGGAUGGCCCUCUCUCCAUGCUCCACCCACAGGCUGGGAGGCAGCAGGUGGCACAGGCUAUCCCAGCCGGCACCCUGCCUGGACCAGAGGAGCCUAGAGGCAAGCAGCCAGAGGCCAGUACAGGCCAGUCCCCUGGGGAUCAUGCCACCUUGGCCCCACCCGUCAAUCCUGACCACCCCAGUUUAGAGGCCAAAGAUGGAGAGCCCAGUGAGUCUAGAGUAUGCAGCAGAUUCCAGGAGGAAGGUGAAGGGCAAAUCUGGGAGCUGGCAGAGAAAGAAACAGCCAUAGAGGUCAAAGUGGUAAGCAGCUUGCAACAGGAAACACAGCAAGAGGGGGAUCUGGACCGGAAGGAAAUCCAGGAUGCCCAGGGUCUUUUGAAAAAAGAAACUCUGGAGUCUCUGGGAGAGGAGAUUCAAGAGCCACUGAUGUCUCUGGAAAAACAGAGCCACAAGAUACUGAGCUCUCUAGAGAAGGAGAAUCAAGAAUCUCUGAGGUCUUUCGAAGAGAACUUAGAAACACUACAGAGUCUAGAAAAGGAGAAUCAAGAGCUAUUGAAGUCUUUAGAAGAAAAGGAUAUGGAGAUAGUGAGAACUCUAGAAAAAGAGACUCUAGAACUACUUAAGCCAAUAGGCAACGAGGACCCACACACAUUGCAAUCUCUGGAAAAGGAGAACCAAGAACUUAAGAGAUCUGUUGAAGAUAAUGUAGAGACAUUUUUAUAUCCAGGAAAGGAGAAUCAAGAAUUAGUGAGGUCUGUAGAAGAGGAGAACUUUGAGUCACUGACAGCUCUAGAAAAACAGAAUCAAGAGCCAUUGAGGUCUCUAGAUGAAGAGGACCAAGAGACAAUGAGACCUUUAGAAAAAGACAGCCAGGAGCCACUGAGGUCUCUAGAAGAUGAGAACCAGGAGAUAAUAGGACCUGUUGAAAAGGAGAUUCAACAGCCUCUGAGGUCUCUAGGAGAAGAAGACCAGACGACAUUAAGCCCUCUGGAAAAGGUGAAACCAGAGCCACUGAAGUCUCUUGGAAAAGACCAGGAGAUAUUUAGACCUCUUGAAAAAGAGAAUCAAGAGUUCUUAAGGUCCUUAAAAGAAGAGAGUGUAGAGGCAGUGAGAUAUUUAGAAACAGAGAAUCUAGAACCACUAAAGUCAGCAGGAGAAGAGCUGGAAAUAUUGAAAUCUAUAGAAGCUCAAGAGCCAUUGUGGUCUCUAGAAGAAAUGAAUCGGGAGACAACAAAACCUCUAGAAAAGGAAAUUCAAGAACCACUGGGGUCUGUGGAAGAGAACCAAGAGUCACUGAGUGCCCUAGAAGAGGAGAAUCAAGAAUCACUGAGAUCUCUGGGAGAGUGGGACCUAGAAAAUUUGAGAUCUCCAGAAGAGGUAGACAAGGAAGGUCCUAAGGACCUAGAAGAGGAAGAGAGCCUGGAAAAGGGAGAGAAUCGAGAGUCGCUGAGGUCUCUGGAAGAGGAAGGACAGGAGUUGCCACUGUCCGCAAGCCGGCAGGGGUGGGAGGAUGUGGUGGUGGGGGACCAAGAACUGGAGCAGGGAAUGCGCCCUGGGAGGGCUGGAGUGGACGAGGAGGAUGACGGAGAGCUGGACCUGAGGGAGCAGGACGGCUUUGCUGGAAAGGAGGAGUCUGGAGACGAGGGAACGCUGCAGCUGACUGCCACAGGGGGCGCCUGGAGUGCAGGUGAGGGGCGCUCAGGGAGUCCUGAGCCCGAUGAGAAGAGGGUCCCAGCUGAGGGAACCAGUGGAGAGGGAGACGUUGAGGGCCUCCAGGACCCUGAAGGGCAACCAGAGCAGGUGGGGGCCCCAGGCCUCCCAGCUCCCAGCGGAAUGUCAGAGGCGACAGAGCCAGUGUUGGAAGCUGAGGAUGAGGCCCCAGGGGGUGGCCGAGCCUCCCCAGAGGUCACCUUGGGGUUGGAGAGAGCCAUGGAUGAGUCUGCUUCAGAAGCUAAGCAGGGACCAGAGCAGGAGGCAGUGGGGAUGGAGGACCCGGGCCACCUGGGCAGAGAGCAGGUGAUAGAGCCACUCCUGGGGGAGGAAGGUUGGGAGGCACAGGGGGUGCAGGGCUUGGAAGGGCCCAGAAAGGACCUAGAGGAGGCAGCUGCCCUGGAGCCAGAACUUACCAUGCUGCCCGUGCAGAGCAGAGGCCCCCUGGAGUCCCCUGGGACUGGACAGGAGUUGGGGCCUGAAGUCCCCUGGGGAGCAGAGGCGGUGUUCCCUGCUGAUACCUUGUGCCAGGAUGGAAGUGAUGCCCCUCUACCCAGGCCCCCAGGGUCAGAGGGAGCUGAGGAGGAGGCAGAACCAGUGCUGGGGCCCCCCAGCCCGAGGCCCGUUGAGCCCUGGUCACCCAUCCCAAUCCCCGAGGAUGCCCCUGGGCCCCAGCCCCCUAGUGAGGGGAGCCAGGAGGCUAGCUGGGGACUGGAGGGCAGAGCUGAAGGCCCAGGAAAGGUGGAGGGUGAACAGGAAGAGCUGGAUUCUGGGGAGCUCUCUGAGGGCCUCCGGGACGAGGACGAGGACAGUAGAGAUGAGAGUGAGGCCGAUGGGCUGGGGGAGACCCUUCCUGACUCCACGCCCCUGGGCCUCUACCUCCAGUCCCCUGCCUCACCCCAGGGGGACCCAGCUGGAGAGCAGAGGCCCUCCCCUCAAGGGGACAGGAAGGAAGGCUGGGGUCCUGCUUUCCUGACCUCUGAGGGCCAUGGGGCCCACCCAGAGCAGGAGGAGGGGGAAGAUGAGGAACGGGACCAGGACUCUGACGUUUUGGAGGAAUUUGAGGACCUGGGGACUGAGGCUCCUCUCCUUCCCGGGGUCCCCAGGGAGGUGACGGGACCUCUGGGCCAGGUGUCCCAGCUGCUACUGCAGCCUGCAGCCUGGGGUCAGGAUGGGGAGUCUGACGGGUUUGCCGAUGAGGAAGCGAGUGGGGAGGAGGGAGAGGAGGAAGACGAGGAGGGACAGGAGCCAGGGGCCGGGCAGUGGGGGCCGAGGUCCUCCGGGGGUGGCCUCCCGGCCCUGAGUGGCCCUCAGAGAGGGAAGCAACCGGGCUCUGAGACCGUGGAUGUCAGCAUCCCCUGGGAUGACAGCUUGAGGGGCGCAGCAGCCGGUCCCCCCGUGACUGCCCUGGAGACUGAGUCCCAGGACAGCACGGAACCCUCAGGCUCAGAUGAAGAGUCUGAGGCUGGGCCCUUGGAGAGGGAGGACCAAGUCCCUGGCCCUCGGGGGACCCUCAGUAGGACAGAGGACACCCCUGGGGUCAAUGGCCGGGGCCCCAGCUUGAAGGAUGAGUUGGAGCAUGUGAACGGGGGGGUGGUGAACUGGCUGGAGCAGUCCGAUAGAGCAGGGCAGGGGAAACUGGGGGCCCCCGUGGGGGACCAAGGGAGCCCUGCGGAGGAGGAGGAGGAGGAGGAGGAGGAGGAGGGGGGUGCCCUGAAGACCCCUUGGGCAGGGGCUCCUCUUCACCUGGGCCCCGGCCAGUUCCUGCAGUUCACCCAGAGGGGGGAAGACGCAGCUUCCUGGUCCUCAGGGGAGGACUAGGGGCGGUGCUCCUCCAGCACUGUGGACGCGGGCGGGGAUGUGUCCUCAAGCUCCACCCCCCCACCCCCCACCCCCAGCCCUGCUCGGGGUUAGCACCUUAACAAAUGAUCUGACCUGUGGCCUCUGUCUGAAAGGCCGGGGUGGCCAGGGUGAGAGGGUGUGACGAAGGGACCGGUUCUGAGAAUGCAGCCUCCAGAAAUCAAAGCAGCCCCUCAGACCCUGUAAAUGGGGACCCCCUGCCUGCAGUGUCCCAUGACGGUUAAGCCAGCUGAUCCCUAUAGCCCUAGGCCCCAUUUCCUCCCCAUCCCUUCAGCAGGAAAAGGCCUCAGGCCAGCAGCUCCUCCACGGUGAGGAGGCUGUGAUGGUGUUUGGCUGGGGCUCACCAGCCCUGCCCGUCCUCACUGCGCUCUCGUGGGAUGUCUGGCCAGCGAGGGGGUGCCCCUAUGUCCUGACUCCCCGUAUUCCUGCCCCGAUGGCCCUGUCUGGCUCAUCCCUGCCUCAAUAAAGGAAUGCCUUGGC